AUGGCCACGAUACGAUGGCUGCUUUCCCUGCUCUUGUACCUAGUGUGGGUAGCGCCAGGCCAUCGCAGAGUCAGGGCUGGCAGGAAACGAACGCCCGUUCCUUGGCUGGAAUUCCUUGUUUGCGAGAACUGGAGUGCGCAUGAGAUCUACUUGUUAUUGCAUGUUGUACAAUACUACGGGUACAUUAUACAAUGGGGUGGAAUUCGGAUAGAGAUGGUGUCGUGGCUGUGUGGAGCAGAGGGUGUUGUGUGUGUGUGCGUGUGUGGCUUAGACGCUGUAGGCCGGCCUAUUUCAGUCAUUCUAAUUUCCCUUGCUGUGAUGGCGGCGCGCGUUCCCCUGCGCGACGACUGCGUGCUGCUCUGCGCUCCAGGUCCUAGAACCAGUUUACCGUACUCUGGGUACAGGAGAAUGGACGUGCGACUGACCUUGCGCCAAGCCCCUGUCCACCAGCGCAAAGACGGCAUCUCGGAUCACGGCGCUGACGAAGUUCAGAAAGGCGCUGGCUGGGCGAGCAACAUCCGCGCUCCGACUCUCCUGGGACCAGCAAACUGCCACUUUGAACGCCCCAUUCUUGCCCACCACUCGCCUCUAUUCCCAUCUCGACCCGCCCGCCAGCUAGCAAAAGGCACAGCCAGCAAAAGGAAGAAGGCUGCUACACGACUGCACCGCUCCGCCUCGCACCGCACCGCUCGACUCUGCUGUGAAGGUUGUCUGCGCCUGUGCCUGCGCCUGCGCUCCGCAACCACCUGGAGUCCCGGACGACGCCCAGCCCAAGCCAGCACCAGCCUGCCCACUCCAGCCACAGGCCACUCGCCCUCCCUAACCUAA